GCGGCGAAGGGGGCGGAGGGAUUCCGGAUUUCUGUCUUUAACAGCGAAGAGGAACCAGGAAGUUACGCCAUAGUUUUCUUCAAGUUUUCUCUCAGUGCUUUUAGGAAUUCCUGAGGGUCGCUGAAGGAGCGAAGGAGGAACUGCACGAGGCCGAAAGUGAGUCACCUUGGCGAUGGCGGGGGAGCUGCACGGCCAGGGCCAGGACCUCGGCGUCCACACCUGCAGUGAGUGCCAGCAGCAGGUGGAGACCCGCUGGCACUGCACUGAGUGCGAGGCCUACGACCUCUGCGUCCACUGCUACACCGCCAAGGACCACCCCCACGAGAUGGUGAAGGUGGGGCUGGGCCUGGAUGAGUGCCCCAUGAGCGUCCGGGAGUGCCGGCGGCUGGCCAUCCGGCGCUGCAUCCAGUCCCUGAAGCACGCCCGCCAGUGCCGCAACGCCGCCUGCUCGCAGAAGGACUGCCAGAAGAUGAAGCGGGUGGUGCUGCACACCAGGAGCUGCCAGCGCAAGACCAACGGAGGCUGCCCCGUGUGCAAGCAGUUCAUCGCCCUGUGCUGCCACCACGCCAAGCACUGCCAGGAAAACCCGUGCAUCGUUCCCCUCUGCCUCAACAUCAAGCAGAAGCUCCGCCAGCGGCGGCUCCAGCUCCGCCAGCAGCGGUUCGGGAACCACCUGCCCCAAGGGUAGCUCAUGCGCCAGCGGUUGCCACCGUCAACACCCAAAAUGUGCCUCAGCAGUCUGCCUUCCCCGCCUUCAGCCCCACCCUGGACACCCAUGCAGCAGCCCAACGCUCCCCAGACAUCACAGCCUCCGACUCAGUCCCAGCCUUCUUUUGUAAGAAUGUCACUAGCCGGCUUCUUCAGCAUGGCCAGAACUUAGGGGGGACCCCCUCUUUCCCUCCUCCUCCCCCCCCAGUAAACUUCAGCUCCAGCCCAGCCUGCAGAACCUGAACAGCCGUGACCUGCUGUCUCUCCGCUGCAGCAAGCAAUGGGGGGCCUGAUCCCCCAGGGCCAGGCCUUGAACAUCAUGAACCCGGGGCGCCAUCCCAGUGUGUCGAGUGUGAAGCACAGGACAGAGAGAUGCUGCGGAGCAGCAGCAGCAAGAAGGCAGCACUGGCAUGGCUGCAGGCCGGGCAGGACACGCCCAGUCCCAGCAGCCUCGGGCGCUGAUGCCACCCGCAGCCAUGCAGCAGCAGCCGAUCCAGCCGCAGAUUGGGUCCCAGGCCACCCAAACCCUGUUGGGCAUACUGUGUCCCUUUACCCUGCCCUCUGCCCUCAGUUUCUCCCCUGCGCUCAGUACUUUCGAUUGUCCCUGCUUGAGGCUCCUGCCCCCUCUGCCGUUUUCCUGUUAUUCUCAUUUCAGGUGUAACAGGAGACAGCUAAGCAGCUGAGAAAAGCAGCAGCUCUAUACCCAGCUUCCUGCCACCGCCUGCACCUACAUCUGUCCCACACAGACACAUAAAUAUCCCACCCUCCCUACUCUUGCUUGCUGAAAUGGAUAUACUAGUGUGUGUUAAUAAUAAAAUUUCUAAAACU